AUGGGUGCCUCAAAAUUAGAAUUUUUGAAGGACAUUUACAUCAACGUGUUGAAGUCACCAAACCCUCGUUUCCUACCUCAAGACUAUCCUGACUUAUCGGGUAAAAAUGUUAUUAUUACGGGAGCAAGCAGUGGAUUGGGUUUGGAGGUACUUAGAUUACUCUUGAUUCAACAUGCUAAUAUUGGUGUUGUGGUGCGAAAUGUUGGAAAAAUGGAGGCGGCGAUUGAAAACUUAAAAAAAAACUGCAAAAAUAUAGAGCCAUCUGAAAUUGAUCUGAGAGUUCAUAUUUUUGAAGCAGACCUAAGCGAUUUGAGCAGCAUACAUGAUUGCGCAGUAUCAAUUGUAUCAGCUUUCCCAGAAUUGCACUUUGUAUUUCAAAAUGCAGGCAUAAUGAUGCCUCCCAAAGGAUCAAAGUCGGCGCAAGGUUUCGAACUACAGUGGUCAACAAAUGUCUUAGCACCUUAUCUUUUACAGAAAUACUUGACUCCAUGUAUGUUAAAAGUUAGCCAAAAAAAUCCCAACUUCAUACCAAGGGUUAUUUGGGUUUCUUCUAAUGCAUACCUUUCAGGGCCAGGAGCCGUCGGAAUUGAUUUUGAUACUAUUAAGCUGAAAAACCCUCCCAAUUAUUCUCCAAUGGCUAUCUAUGGACAAUCUAAGGUAGGUGUUAAUUUUGUCAAUUACAUGUUUGCCCAGAAGUAUAAAGGUAAAAUAAUUUCUACUGCCUUACAUCCAGGCAUAUUAAAAACGGGCCUUCAAAAGGAUUUUCCGUUCAUUGAGCGUUUCAUUGUUAAUCACGCAGGGAGAGAUGCUUCGUACGGGGCAUACACCGAAAUGUACGCUGCACUUAGUUCAGAAGUCACAAAAGAAAAUAGUGGCUGCUUUAUUGGGCCCCAAUGUGAAAUACAAGAUUACGUUAAUUUCUUUAAGGAGGGUACUUCUAAUGGUAUGGCUGAGAAAAUAGUAAGUCGUAUUGACGAACAGGUGGCCCCUUAUUUCAAAGCUUAG